GGCCUAGAUAAAACGACUACGACUACUAUUACUACUACUACUACUACUACUACUACUACUACUACUACUACUACUACUACUACUACUACUACUACUACUACUACUACUACUACUACUACUACUACUACUACUACUACUACUACUACUACUACUACUACUACUACUACUACUACUACUACUACUAAUACAAAUAAGCCGUCG